CCCCAAGAACUCCAAGAACAGCUCAAAGAAAAAGAGAUCGAAGGCCAAGAAGACUCACAAUGCCCCCCAAGAGCCACAGCUUCCCCUCGCAGACCCGCAACUGGAAAGCCGCCUAAUGCAACUUCCUGGCGAGCUGCGCAACCAAAUCUACGCCCAUCUGUUCAGCUCCACUCGGCUCACGUAUGGCGAUCGAUCUACCGGCCGUAUCACAAAUAUAAAGAUGAAGAGUGCCCCGAACUCUCUCGCGAUACUCCGUACUUGCCGUCAAGUUUAUCGAGAGGCUGCAACUCUCUGGCUUGGUCUGGUUCUAUUCAAUUUCGAACAUGUCGAGGCUCUGCUCGAUAAAUUCUCUCCGUUGCCUACAGAAACCCUAUCGAAAAUACGCUACGUCCGUACGCGAGGACAUACUUUGAUGCUACAGCCAGUCGGCGAUGAUGUCGACGUUUAUUACAGACUCGCCGAAUCACUCAAGCUUCUUCCCGAAUUGCGUCUAGAUACUCUCACCAUUCUUGGGCCUGCUGAAGGAGACAUUGCUUACGACACUCUCGACGGAUUGAUCAAGCACGGCAAUGGCUGGAAGGAGUUGCACUUCAUCACACCCAACUCCAAGAUGCUGGGUUUCGCUAAGCUAGACAUGUUCAUGAUGGAUCCAUAUUGGCGUAAGCCUCAGCCUAGCACAUGGAAGGCAGCUCUACUCGAGCGUGACUCCAUGGUGGGCUCCACCAAAGCUACAGUCACGAUCUACCAUUCCACUCAAGCCAGCGUAUCUGGCUCUGUCAUCGAUCCCCGUACUCGCCAACUCUUCGAGCAGUCGGUCCCCCGGAAGAAGGACAGCUCGAAAUUCGGGGUGGCAGCAGACACGGCUCCUCUAGCGGAAAAGAAAGAGUUGCUAGUGAUAGCGAGGCGGGGCCAGGGGGCUGACAUUGCAGAGCGAUCAAGGCCUCCAUUUGGAACGAACGAUAUUCGGGAGUGGGCGUAUGGGAUGACGUGGGCAGAGAUUAGACGCCAGUGCAUCGACUAUCUCGAUGACAAGGACGACUUUUACCUCUCGGACGAAGACGAUGAGUCUGAUGAGGACAACGAGGGUUCUUCUGGCAGAUGGAAGCUCAAAGAAAAUGCCCGGAUUGACAGCUACAACCAUGUGGACGACAUUGAAUGGGACAGGACCGAGUAGAUGGGCCUUCUUAAAGACGAGGCAAUGUCAUCAAUGGGCUAUGUCCUGGGCGGGAUGUGUCCUGGUUUUGGCGGGAAGAUGGGUGGUGAGUAGUGGUACGUACCGUCAUCUGAGGUGGCCUGGCAAGCUGUCAGGUCGCCCAAAAUGAUUCACUUAUAUGUCGUCUAGAAUCGUGAAAAUGUUUCUAAUGACCUCAAACGGUGACAACCAAGUGUACACAGGCAUGUAUCCAACACAACAUACCUGCUUCGGAUGCUGAAAGUAUGGAGUAACCCACAGAGCCGACAGAACUCCCUCACUACCGCUAACUGUGCUCCAAAACUUCCCAAG